UGUAGGGCUGCAAAACGAGCUGACCAGAUGCGGAAUCUUGAAGAACAUGAGUGACUACGAGGAUUUCUGGAAACUGGUUCGGGAGGAAGCUCUUGGAGUAGAAACUGAGGAAAAACUCCAGAAGAUAAAACUUAAGUGUUUGUACAUUUCUUUCCCCCUCCCUUGAGGGGUUUUUGUUCCUUUUGGCAGGGAUUUUGGUUGUUCUUUUUUUUCUAUGGUUUUUUUUUUUUUUUUUUUGGUUCAUUUUUUCGGAGCUGGGGACCGAACCCAGGGCCUUGCGCUUCCUAGGCAUGCGCUCUACCACUGAGCUAAAUCCCCAACCCCGAUUUUGGUUGUUCUUAGAAGCAACAAGUGCUCUGUUUGUCAUCUGGGUUGAGCUCUCAAGACAGCUAUGGUUAAAGAUUUUAAAGCUGUAUUGAUUUUUUUUUUCUUUUUUCUUUUUUUCGGAGCUGGGGACCGAACCCAGGGCCUUGCACUUGCUAGGCAAGUGCUCUACCGCUGAGCUAAAUCCCCAACCCCUAGCUGUAUUGAUUUCUUUUCUUUUUUUUUUUUUUUUUUUUCUUUUCUUUUUUCGGAGCUGGGGACCGAACCCAGGGCCUUGCGCUUGCUAGGCAAGUGCUCUACCGCUGAGCUAAAUCCCCAACCCCUAGUUGUAUUGAUUUCUAAUAAUUUUAUUAAUACAAUGAAGUUUUUUUUUUUGACAAAAUGAGUACCAGUUAUGUGCUUUCUGCCACUGAUUCAGCAGAGUUGGCCCCGUUGGGAACUGGGUCCUCGCUAAGUAGGAUUACAGAGUUUUCCCCUGGAUCUAGCCAGGGCUUCCCUCCUCUCACAUUAGAGUAGAGAUAUUUGUUUCGUUAACUAUUGACUGUUGACCUCUUGCUAAGAACCAACCACAUGAGUGUAUGUGACAAAUGAGUGGAAUGUUGGAAGGAAAAAUCCUUCGCCUGUGUCUGUGGGUACCCUGCUCCGAAGGCAACACAGUUGCCCCGAGGCGAAGGUGACCCAGCUGGUACAUGGUGGCAUAGCUUUCACAGUGAGCUGUCUGUCAGUGUGCCAUUGGGUCUGAAGUCUUCUGGGGAAACUCAUAGGCUCUAAGUGUUUCUGGAUGAACAGAGCCAGCCAUGCAGCUUGGGCAAAGGGUUUAAACUGUCUGCAGGAGUUAGAGUAUACAAACUAUUUUCAUUGUUGAAAACACCUUUGUGUGAAGAUAAAAUGUGUCAUUUCCAAGGUCAGUUUAGAAGUGACCAGAGUGCUGUCAGAGCUGCUCUCUCGGCCCUUAGAGAUCAUCUCUAUUUUUAAAAGAGCUGUGUGGGGCUAGGAAGUCGGCUCGGCUAAUGAGGUGCUCGCUGUGCAAGCAUGAGGUCCUGAGUUCAGUCACAAGCAUCCAUGUAAAAGCCAGGUGUGGGGCCGAACAUGUAAUCCCAUAUCAAGGAGACAGAGAACAAGAAUCCAUAGGGCACUCUGCCUGGCCAGGAUAGCUGAGUUAGUGAACUCCUGGGCAGUGAGAGACUCUCACUUUUUAAAGGUGAAAAGUGAUUGAGGCAGACCUGAUAACAAUCUCUGGACUUCAGACAAACCUGUAUACAGGUACACACACAUAUACAUGCACACACAUACACACAAGCAUGCAUGUACACCCCCGAAUGUGUACACCUGUGGACACGGACACACACAAACACACAUGCACAUACAAGCAUGCAUGGACACCUGUGCACACAUAUGCAUGCACACUCCCACAUGUGCACACCUGUGGACACACACACACACACACACACACACACAAAUAUACAGCAGUGGCAUAUUUUUUUAUUGCAUCUCACUUGAACCCAGGCCCACAAGCUUGUUGGGCAAGUAUUCUAACACUUAUAUCUUCAGCUCUUUAUUUGAAAAACAAAAUGAAAACAGAAGCAACCGCAGCAACAGUAGCCAUUUUGAGGCACCCUUAUUAGGUUGCCUCGACUGACCUCAAACUUAUAGUCGGCUACCAGCCCCUGCUCUAUGACUUCAAGCGUUUUGAAAGACAAGAUCUCAGUAUGAAGUGUAGCAAGCUUCUCUCAAACACCGCCCCCCCGCCCCGCCCCCGCCCUUUCUGUUGGCAGUAACUCCUAAGCUUCCUGGGUACCAGGGCUUCAGGUGUAGGAAGCCACCAUACCUAGCUCCAUAAAUAAAAAUAUGUACUGUCAUUUAGAUAUACCAGUUAGACAAAUGAAUGCUGAGAUUCAAAAGUAAGUCUUGUGUAGAUGAAAUGCUUGUACAGUUCUAGUUUUAUGCCCAAGGGAACAGUCUGCUCAAACCCCGAGCUGGAUUUUUAACCCUAAGCAGCCCACCUCAACACAGAUUCACACUUCUCCUGCACAUAGGAAAAUGAACAUCUGUACAGUUACAAAGGUGACUGUUGAUAAUCCUCUAGUCUCUCUCCCCAGUGAUGAAUCCCAGGCCCUGGCGGUCAGCUGCUUCCAGGAGAAGGGACACCAGGAUGCUGGUCACCACUCAUCAGGACAAUGGGACACAGCAGGGCCAUCCAGGGAGGGCACAGGAAGCUGUGGAGGAUGGACUAGAGAAGGAGAGAAAAAACCAGGGCCGCCACCAACCUGGCUUGGAUCCACUCAAGCACCCAAGGGACACAGCGACUCUUCUGGAUCGGCUCACGGAAUGGAGAAAAAGAUGCCAACAGUGGGAAACUGCCUGGAGAUCGUAUCGAGGACCUGAGGAGAGCAAGAUUAUGUGUAAGACGAAGACGGAUUCCCAAAGCGAGACAUAUCUUAGCAGGUUGUAUCAGAUGUAUUUCACCUCCCUUGCUAACAUGGAAUUCUCCCGAAGACUGCUGGAGAGAGAUGGUCGCUUUGCAGAGAUGGAUGCUCAGCACAGAGCUAGAAGCCUGCUUGAUUACAUGGUUCCAAGGGGCCAUACACAGGCAGAUGUUCCACCAAGAGAACCAGGGGAGGAGGACUCCCCAGGCCCUGGCCAGCAGCCUCGAGCAGGACCUGCCCUCCGAUUUUUGAAGUGCCAGAGCCCAGGAAGUCCACAGAGAAGUCCUCACUUGAAGACAGGAAGACACCAAGUGACCCUGUGUGGCAUGAGCAAGCUUUCCGAACACAAGAGGGGCAAGCUUGCUCCUGCCGGGGUGACCCCAGACCCCAGAGCUACAGCACCCCUGACCCUUGCACACGUGAUCCAGACCCAUCCCGUGGUGGUGGCAACGGCACUGUCGUGCAGAGCCCGAACCGUGAACUCAGAUGAUGGGGACGGUCAGACAGACAGCACAGUGGGCAGGAGCAGGAGGCUGAGCAGAAUCAAAAAUGAGGCUUCAGCCCAUGGUUAUUCAUUCUGACUCGUGGUCCUUCUGCCUGGGUCUUAAAUAAAAACGUGUUUUCUAUUUAA